ACCAUCAUCAUCUAUCACAAUGGAAGGCCUUAACGCAUCGGAACAGCGCGAAUUCGCCGCCCGCAUGGAGCGGAAGCAGAUGAAGGAGUUUAUGACUAUGUACUCCAAGAUGGUCCAGCGCUGCUUCGACGACUGUGUCAACGACUUCACCACCAAGUCCCUCAUCAACCGCGAGGAGACCUGCAUCAUGCGCUGUGUCGACAAGAACCUCAAGAGCUCCGCCCGCCUGAACGAACGAUUCCAGGAGCAGAACGCUGCCAUGAUGCAGAGUGGCCAGAUGGGUGGUAACUAAGGGAUUUGAUGAGCAUUGUUGAUGAACUUUCCACGUUGGCAAUAUUUGG